ACAAACACGGAAGCCCAGUAUCGGUAAACGAAGCUAGAACGAAAAGAGUACACAAUUAUGAAAGAUUGAGUGAACUCUCCGUGCCUACAACGAGCUCUAAACUAUGCUGCUGCAUGUGCGCCUCUGUGGCUGGGCCUGCUGGUGUUUGUUUUCCGGUGUUUUCUCGGUGUUUUCUCUGCAGCAGCGUCUCACUGUGAGCCUGAACGGCAAAUGGAGGCUGUCAAACUCCAACGGUUCAUUGUUACUGCCUGCACAGGUCCCAGGCUGUGUCCACUCAGCUCUGCAGCAGCAGGGAUACAUCACGGACCCGUAUUUCAGGUUCAACGAUGUCUCUUAUCGAUGGAUUGCACUCAACAACUGGACAUACACAACCACAUUUACAUUGUCUGCUGAGCUGAGUGUCAAGCAGAAGGUGCUUCUUGUGUUUGAUGGCGUGGACACCGUUGGGUCGAUUUCACUCAAUGGGAUUGCUCUUGGAAAGACCUACAACAUGUUUUGUCGAUAUGACUUUUCUGUGAAAGACCUGCUGAAAGACGGCGAAAAUGUUCUGCAAGUUGGUUUGCUGUCACCGAUUCUUUACGCAUCUGAGCAGAGGAAAGCUCAUACGUCUUACGUAGUUCCUCCUGAAUGUCCUCCAGGUGUCCAAAAAGGGGAAUGCCAUGUCAAUUUUAUCAGAAAAGAGCAGAGCUCUUUCGGUUGGGACUGGGGACCUUCGUUCCCCACGAUGGGACUGUGGAAAGGCGUUCGACUCGAGGCUUUUGAUAUUCUGCAGCUCGUCCAGGUUUCCUCUGUCCCUCUCUACAAUGAUGCCUUCUCCCAGUGGAGGGUGCAGGUUGAGCUUCUUAUAGAUGCAGUUCAGACAGCACGUGGCCAGCUCACACUCUCCAUACCUGAACUGGAUUCAGAACAAACCUUCCAGACACACUUUAACCCUGGAAAGACCAAGAGCAACUUCACCAUACUCAUCAACACGGCCAAUCAGGUGAAGCUAUGGUGGCCAAACGGACAUGGAGAACAACCGUUUUACCGUCUCACUAUCAGAGGAUUUCAGGAUGAGUUUUUAAUUUUCAGCACAGAGUCUAAGGUGUAUUUUCGUACCGUGGAGCUCAUCCAGGAGCCAGUUGUUGGAUCCCCGGGCUUGAGCUUUUAUUUCCGUAUCAACGGAAAACCAAUUUUCCUCAAAGGCUCCAACUGGAUCCCAGUCCACUCCUUCCAGGACCAGGUCACCCCUGAUGUCUUAAAGAACUUGUUGCAAUCAGCAGUAGAUGCUAACAUGAAUGCCCUCAGGGUCUGGGGAGGAGGAGUGUAUGAACAGGAUCUCUUUUAUGAAAUUUGUGAUGAGUUGGGGAUCAUGGUUUGGCAGGACUUCAUGUUCGCUUGUGCAAUGUAUCCCACUGAGACCGACUUUAUACAGACAGUAAGAGAAGAGGUCGUCCAGCAGGUUCAGCGCCUGAAGUCCCACCCCUCUAUAAUAAUUUGGAGCGGUAACAAUGAAAACGAAGCUGCUCUGGCGACAGAUUGGUUCGACAUCCCAGCUUCUCAAAGGCCAAAAUACAUCAGAGACUAUGUGAUGCUUUAUGUAGAUAACAUAAAGAAGGUUGUGCAAGAGGAGGACCAGAGUCGCCCGUUUCUCGUCUCCAGUCCAACAAACGGGGCUGAAUCGGAGCAGGAGGGAUGGGUGGCGGAGAAUCCCUACGAUCCUCACUACGGAGACGUUCACUUCUACAGCUACAUCCUCGACUGCUGGGACUGGAGGACCUUCCCUCGGACGCGUUUUGCCUCUGAAUAUGGUUUCCAGUCCUGGCCGUCCUUUUCCACUUUGCAGCCGGUUUCCAUUAAAGAAGACUGGAGCUACGGCAGUAAUUUCACUUCCCAUCGUCAACACCAUGAAGACGGAAACCAGCAGAUGAUCCUGCAGGCUGCUCUACACUUCCACCUGCCAAACGCCACCGAUCCCCUGAAAAGAUUUACAGAUACUCUCUACAUCACUCAGGUCAUGCAGGCCCAGUGUGUGAAGACUCAGACGGAGUUUUAUCGGAGGAGUCGGAGUGAAAUUAUAGAGGGCAAAGGUCACACCAUGGGUGCGCUGUACUGGCAGCUCAAUGAUAUUUGGCAGGCGCCUUCCUGGUCGUCGAUUGAGUUUGGUGGAAAGUGGAAAAUGCUGCAUUAUUUUGCACAGAGCUUCUUUGCAGCCGUCCUUCCUGUUGCUUUUGAGGAAGACGACACACUGUUCAUCUACGCCAUUUCAGACCUGAGCCGUGACCUGAAGCUGAGGGCUGUGGUGAAUGUGUUCUCCUUGACUGAGCUGGAUCCAGUUUGCACGCUAAACUCAAGCAUGCUGCUUGUGCCCGGAGGUAGCGCUGUGGCUGUCUUCAAACAGCCCGUCGCCACCCUGCUGGCAGGAUGCGGAAACUGUACCCGUCUUACCUGCCUGCUCACCUUCCAGCUGGAGGACAACAGCAGCCAGCAGGGUCCCACUAACCACCACUUCCUCUGCUCGCCCAAAGAUGCUCAAGGACUCCGCAGACCCAACAUUACAGCGAAGGUGGAAGAAAAAAAGACAUGCUUCUCAGUGACCCUCCACUCUGACUCCGUGGCUCCUUUUGUCUGGCUCGACGUGGGAAACAUCCCUGGACGUUUCAGCUCCAACGGCUUCCUGAUGGUUUCCAGAAACAGGACAGUUGACUUUACCGCGUGGCGUCCUACCAGCGUCGCAGAACUUACUGCGUCCCUUACAAUCACAUCUUUAAGAGACAUUUACUGACCUGAGACGAGCCACCUUUCCUGUUGAACUUUAGAAAACGGGAACGGUAAAACAAAAAUCGAGUGAACAGAUGCAGGCACUGCUCACAGGACAUUCAAUUCAACAGAGAAGAGUAUAUAUAUAUUUUCUUGCUUUUAAUAUUGUAAAAACAAUAAAGGUUAUAAACUCAUAAAAUAUGAAAGCCAUUUAUUUUUGUCCACAGUACAUACAGUUGUAAGUUCUAUUAAAAGAUAAACUUUUAACGGUCUCAUACCAUCCAUCCACCAGUCUGUCACAGGGUGUAACAUAUAGACACAAACAACCAUUUGCACUCACACCUAUGAAUUUCCAAUUUAGCGUUUCCAGCUAACUUAUCCUCACUAACUGCAUGUCUUUGGGAGAGAACCCACAUACUCCACACAGGAAGACCCCAGCCUGAUGGUGGAAUUGAACUCAGGACCUUCUUGCUGUGAGGUAACAGUACUAACCACUGUGCCACCCAUGAUUCUGUCUUCUGUCACACUGGUUAAAUCACAGGUGUCGAACUCCUCAAGGGCCGGUGAGAUGAUCCAUUUUUUCAUUUAAGAGGUUUUAUUUUUAAACAUGUAACUUCAAUAUGGCAUGUACACGAUGUACACAAAGGAAGCAGUUAAGGUUUUUCCUGGACAGAUGUUGUAUGGAGUUAGAAAUGGAAAGCGAUGUUUUACUGGUUUUUCCCUCUUCAAUAUUUAUCAUUGCUCACAAAUAAGACCAAAGUAUUUCUUAUCCAGUCACUUUAUUACUGAAAUAGUCGAUAGCUGCCCUACAAGGUGUAACUAAUAAACUGGCCAGUGAGUGUAUCCUCUUAACUUGACCUGCAUGUGAUGUGAAUUCUAACUACAGAAAAAUCAUCAGUUACACUCUCUGAAUGGGCACUGCACUAGUUGGGCAACUCAGUGAUGAAGCAGCUUCUCUAUCGCUGAUGCGACAGUGACUUAUUGAUCUUUUGAUGGGGUCUCUGCUGCCGGUCUGCUCACAGAUGCAGUUUCAGAGUGCCCUGCUCAGAAUAACAAUUGGCCUCAUUUCCACUGUCUACAUAUAAGGGAACAAAAUGAAGAGAAAGGAGUAGUUCAGUACAAAAUAAGACUGGGUGAUUUAUUAAUCUCAUCAAGACCAUUAAUACAAAGCAGUUAAAAGGCCACAUACCAUCAAAUAAACCAAAUGCUGGAUCAAGCUGUUACACUGCCACCAAAAAGGUUCUGUUGAGGGUUUAAAAAGGGGAAAAAAAAAAAACAUCUCCUGAAAUGAACCCCAACAAUCCUGAUAUGAGAAACUUGGGACAAAAACAUGGGCAAAAACAGUCAAGUGCAGUCACUUCUACUCUUUAUGGAAAUCCUCCUAUGCACUCCUUUCAUCCCUAGUUGGAUCAAAAACUGAAUUAUCCACCGUCGUCGAGCACGAGGAAUAGAGGGGCUCUGUACUUUCGGCGCAAAAGCAAAGAGAUAAAAGGGCACGAGUGAGGUUUUUUUUUUAAGCAAUUCUGCUCACGGCGGUCGAACAUGUCAGACCCAGCAUGGGGGAUAAAAGCGAGGCGGUAGACGUGUGUUUGUUCUGCCCUGAUCCACGUAGAAAGCAGGUUUAACAGUUGCAUAGGACCACUGUGUUUACAAACAUGACCUAUAACAACUGUGGCUCUUCAACAGUACAGCCUAAAGUGCACAAAGUGUGUUUCUCAGGAGAAAAAACUAGAAAAAAAAAAAGGGGAAAAAAAAAAA